AGAGGAGCCAAGCAAACCCGGAGGGAGUGAAUUAGAUUAUGAAUCGAAACAUGAAUUUAGGCUCUGUUCAGAACCUAACAGAAGAGACUUGGAAUUUUGGGACCAAACCAAGGCAAAGUUACAAAUUAGCUGGAGACUGCAAACCAGGUGGCUAUCCAUGUAACUCAAAUCUGACAUCUCAAAGUUUCUACCCAUAUUCAUCUACUUACCCAUAUAUGCAUACAAAUUACAGCAGUGACUGGGAAAUUUUUGAAGCAGUAAGGAUUCAGGAACUGGAAGAAGUCAAGGCCAGAGCUGCCCAAAUGGAGAAAACCAUGCGCUGGUGGUCAGAUUGUACUGCUAACUGGAGGGAGAAAUGGAGCAAAGUGAGAGCAGAAAGAAAUAAAGCCCAAGAAGAAGCCAGGCAAUUGAGACUCAGAUUAGAUGGUGUUGUGAAAGAAAUGAGUAUGCUCAAAAAGGUAAAUCAAGCUUUAGUAAAUGAGAAGGAAAACUUAGAAAGGAUAACUGCUUGGAAAACAGAAUCCAUUUUCACAGAAUUACCUUACAUUACAAAAGACCUAAACCAGUUAAAAUUUCUGGAACAAGAACCUGUGGAAAACGUGAGCAAAACCAGCAAGAUUCCUGUGGGAGAGGACACAAAGAAGGAUGCAGAGGUAAUCAAUGACCAAAACGAUCACAAUAAAGAAUUCACCCCAAAACCUCCUAAUUCAUUUUCUGGUCGAGUUCCAAGCAUCAAUUUGGAGGAACCUACAAAAAAAUUGGAAAAUACAGUUAAGACAACGGAGAAGGGUUUAAUACAUGUUUCUGUCUCCCAUUUGCAUAUGGCUGAGAUGCAGAAAAUCUUACAGAAGGAAAGAGAAAUGAAUGUAUUUCUGGAAAAAGAAAUGGAAAAGAUGGAGAAUGAAUUAUUUCUUUGGAAAUGGAAAUAUGAAGAACUGAAACAAAACAAGGUGGAAGGUGUGAAACAGCUGGAACGACUGCAGAUUGAGAAUAGCUCUGAAUGGGAGAAGCCAGAGAGACUUGUGGCUGAACAGCAACGUUUGAAAGAAGAGAGCAGAAGAUUGAAGCUGCAGGUAAAAGAAAUUCAGAGACUUCUGGAGAUGAAAAGUAAAACUAAAUCAAGUAACGAUCAUCAAGACACACAAAGUAAGCUGCUGGUUAAAAAUAAGACCAAAGAAACUGGAGAAAGCAAACUCAGGAUUUGGCACCAGGCAAGGUUCCUUCUAUGUUGCUGGAGGUUCUACCAAGACAGUAAAUGAAGAUGCUGGAGAUCAUCAAACAGCCCUGCAUCGACUAAGCCAACAGUAAAGAAGACGGACAAAGAACUUAGAAUCUUCAUAAAGACUUACAGGCAAAUUUCACUUCAGAAGUACAUGACACACAUAGGAACAGUGUACAUCAUA